CUUCACUCCGUACUGACUGUUUGUUGUCAUCAAGAUGGAGUUUUUGCUGGGGAAUCCGUACAGUACUCCGGUUGGGCAGUGUAUUGAAAAGGGCACAGAUGGCUCCCUGCAGGGCGAGGACUGGACGCUCAACAUGGAGAUCUGUGACAUCAUCAACGAGACGGAGGAGGGGCCCAAAGACGCCAUCCGAGCCCUGAAGAAGAGGCUGAACGGAAACAGGAAUUUCCGUGAAGUGAUGCUGGCCUUAACGAUUUUGGAGACGUGUGUGAAGAACUGCGGCCAUCGUUUCCACGUGCUGGUGGCCAACAGAGACUUCAUAGACGGCGUGCUGGUGAAGAUCAUCUCGCCCAAGUUCAACCCCCCCACCAUCGUGCAGGACAAAGUGCUGGCCCUGAUCCAGGCGUGGGCAGAUGCCUUCAGGAGCAGUCCAGACCUGACCGGUGUGGUGCACAUCUACGAGGAGCUGAAGAGGAAAGGCAUCGAGUUCCCCAUGGCUGACCUGGAUGCCCUCUCACCCAUUCACACGCCACAACGGGGUGUCCCGGAGGUGGACCCGGCUGUGCUGAAGUACCGGGCCCCCGUCCCGUCCCAGAUCCCCAGCGUGACCUCCCAGCCCCCGCCCAGAGCAGCCCCCGCGGGCCAGGGCUCGGCCACCGGCUCCCCCACCCACAUCCCACCCCCCGUCCAGGGCCCCAUCAACGCCAACCCCGAACAGAUCGCCAGGUUGCGUAGCGAACUGGACAUCGUCCGCGGCAACUCCAAAGUGAUGUCCGAGAUGCUGACGGAGAUGGUGCCAGGACACGAGGAGGCGUCUGACCUCGAGCUGCUGCAGGAGCUGAACAGGACGUGCAGGGCCAUGCAGCACAGGCUGGUGGAGCUCAUCUCUCGCGUGUCCAAUGAGGAGGUGACCGAGGAGCUCCUGCACGUCAACGACGACCUCAACAACAUCUUCCUCCGCUACGAGAGAUAUGAGCGCUACCGAUCUGGCCGAGCUGCUCAGAAAAAUGGGAUGCUUAACGAGGCCACUGAGGAUAACCUCAUAGAUCUGGGCCCCGGUUCCCCUGCAGUGGUCAGUCCUCGCGCCAGUGGUACCCCCCAGGCCUCCAGCCCCACGCCGGCCUCUCCUCCUGCUGCCGCUGCCGUCGCCCCGGUCACCGCUGCCGUUGCCCCGGUCACCGCUGCCGUCGCCCCGGCCAUCGCUGCCGUCGCCCCGGCUACUGCUGCCUCCGCCUCCCCCGUGACCCUGUCCACACAGCUGGCUGGACUAGACAUGGGCUCAGACAGUGUGAGUGGGACCCUGAGCACUCUGACCAGUGCCCCCCCUCAGCAGCAGCCGCAGCCGGACGACUUUGACAUGUUUGCCCACACCAGAGGCAGCUCCCUGGCAGAGCAGCGCAAAAACAUGACGUAUGAAGAUCCCCAGGCGCUCGGAGGCUUGGCCUCUGCCCUGGACGUCAGACAGCAGAACACCGCUGGGCUGAGGGAUAAAGAUGAUAGCGCAGAGAUGAUGGAGCCCAUAGACAGCUGGCUCAUCACCCAAGGAAUGAUUCCCGUCUCGCAGUCCUCUGUCAUGGAUGACAUUGAGGAGUGGCUCUGUGCUGAUGUGAAAGGAGACAAGGAGGAUGGAGUGACCAGUGAAGAGUUUGACAAGUUCCUGGAGGAGAGGGCCAUGGUGGGCGACGCGGUCUUACCGUGCGUCCCCAGCGGAGAGCCCGGCCCCCCCGUCAGCACCAGCAGCAGCAGCAGCGGCAGCACAGGCCGCAGGAAGCCAGAGCGGACGGAAGACGCCCUCUUCGCUUUGUAGAGACUUGCUAUUGGCCCACCCUCUCUCUCUCUCUUUCUCUCUCUCUCUGUCUGGCUGUCUGUCUCUCUCUCUCUCUCUCUCUCUCUCUCUCUCUCUUCCUCUCUCCCUCUCUCCUGCUUCUGGGUCUCUCCCCAUCCCUGCCUCCUCUCUCUGCGCUGCAGUCAUAUACAGACCCCCCCCUGGUUCCCACCUCAGCACGUGUGUCCGGCUGUCCAGUCACUUCAGCAGAAGUGUUCAGCAGUCAAGUGUUUCCAAUCACACACAACAGGGUUUUACGCGUCCCCUGUCGCCUUGCAUCGGGUCUCCAUGUUGUGCCGUGAGCUGAAGUAAAGCACAUAACACUGUGAGAGGAGCUGGGCGCUGAGGGCCUCCUGUUAAAGCUAACAUCCUAACUCUGCCUCCCCAGCUGGUAGCAUCACAGAGAAGCCCCCCCAGAGACACAGGCUGUCCCAGAUGAACGCUUCCCUCCCUCGGGAAAGGGGGGGGAGGGGGGGGGGGCUUUUGAAAUGGUAACCGCAUCCAUGUUUGAUGAGCGUUACUUUUGUCUCUUCGUAUGAAUUACUUGCACUAAUGUCUGACCAUGAUGAGCUGUGGACUGAAUAUGGCAUCCGUGCCUGGUCUUUGCCCCACCAAUAUGAUUUUUAAUUUGAUUUAAUAUUAACUUUUCUCCCUUGAAUCCUCCCAACAUUCCUCCUCUCCCUUCUGUCAGCCUCUCUUCAUUCUUUUUUCUUUCUCUUUCUUUCUGUCCACUGGCAUGUGAGUUGUGGCUGAACCUGCGUCUCCCUAUUCUGUCACAGUGUGUGUCAGAAUGGAGCCAAACUAUGUUGGCAUUUCUUAAAAAGGGAAUGUGUGGAAGAGCCCAGAAGUCACUUUCAAAGACUUUUCACCCUUUUAAUCCUCUGGGCAAGGGGUAGACAUCUCAACUGAUGAACAUGGUCCUUACUGACAAAACAACACAUGAGUACAAACAAGUAAACAAAAAGCUGACCAAAGAGUCUAGACUGCUUUAGCUUAUAGCUCUCAGAAGAGGGAUUCAGUGGGGAAGUCAUGCAGUUCACCAGAGACAUACUGUAACCAGAGUCUGACUUUUUUUUCUGUCAGAUGCCACUAAAUCCUGUUGGAAUCUGACAGAGACAUGCCUAGACUUUGGCCUCAGUUGCCAUGGCCAUAUAAGGUCAAAGUUGACAAGCCAGGUUAAGAAUCCAAGUAUCAAGAAAUCCUCAUAGUGUUUCCUUCCACUUUAAAUCCUCCAGAUCUAAAGAAAAGUCUUAAGCACAUUUGACAAUGAUAGAGAUGUUGCUCUAGAGUUGUGUUAUAUUACGGUGUGAUGUUUCGUAUUCGAUGGAAGAGCAACAUUGAUAACUUUUGAUUGCACUUUGAUUUUCAGACUUGUCCCUUCAUUCCAGCACAGUUCCAAAUCAUCUAAAACAAAAGAUUUAUACAAGGGCAGUCUGAAUCUAGUUCAUAUUAGUUUACUAAAAUAAGAGACAAAACAUAACAGUAACUGAUACAAAAAAGAAACAAAUCUAGCACUGAAUUUAUUUUAUGAACUUCACUUGUAUAGUCUGAACAUGUUUUUGACUGACUUAAUGGCUUAAUGGUUACUGUAAAAUUUGUAUCAAUAUGUAUACGUUACAAAUGUAUAGAAAUUAUGUAUAAUACGCUGAAAAUACGUUUGAACUUUAGCUAACUGCAUUAUUGGUUACUCUAGUAUGUGUAGUUUUGAUGUUUUGAUUUUUAUGUUUUUGUGGUAUGCAAUGCAAGAUGAUGCAAGUGAUUCCUAAAACAGGGGUGUGUGUUUUCCCACACACCUGAUUCCAAUGUCCCUCCUUCAAUGAAUCCCAAAGCUUUGCUCAGCUGGAGUUAACUGCUUAAACGGCGUCAAUUCUGUUAACCGUGUCAUAUGAACAUAGUUUUGAUUUAUGAAUAAUUAUAUUGAGUAAAAUUAGCAGCAACCAGAGUCUUAGCUGAACAACAAAGAGCAGUUAACCCUAAUAGUCGAGGUUAGCUGUACUAGUGCCCUAUGUGGAGGUAUGUGCAACUCCCCACAAGUUUAAAAGAUGUACCUUUUAAAUAAGCAUCCUGUGAUCAAUACAGUUUAACACUGCUCUUUAGUGACAUUGCAUUUACUCCAAGAUUAGAUGUAACACUGACCAGCAGCAGCUAAAAACUAUUUUAAAAGAUGUAUACAUUGUAAAGGAAGAAACUUAUAACUAAGUAAUUGUAUCUGAUAAUAUCUGCUUGUGGCUGAGGUGGCAAUCACUUAUCUAAUAUUUACUAAUGAUGUUACUGAUGUGACAUCAAGUCUUAAUGUGUUAAAUCAUCUGUCCUAUGGAUUCAUGUUUUAAUGUGUCAGAUUAUUUUAAUGAAACUAUUUUUUUGUAGUCAUGACUGAUUUAUUUUCAUUUUCUGUUCUGUGAUUUUAGUCGUGAGCAACACUUAAAUCAAUAUAGGCUCUCUGUAAAUUGUUUCUUUUAAGCAAGGCAGUUUCCCAGUGCGUUUUCCAUCUGUGUGAGAUAAGAGUCUUCGGACGAGGUAUGGAGAAUGAGAGGAUUGUAAGCCCUUUUUUUCCGGUCAACUUUACAUACCCAUUGAUUGCUGAAUUUGUGUGUGUGUGUGUGCGUUUUCUUUUCCUUUUUUGUAUGAAUGAGUGUGUGUGAAUGUGUGUGUGUGUGUGUGUGUGCCUACAGAUGUACCUCAACAUUUCAAGUGUGUUCAGUGUAAUAACCUCAGUCAUUUCUGCAAAAGAAUGUCAGCCUGAUAAACUGUCUUGACAUGUAGGGACUUUUAUGUGGGAUUCUAGAAGGUUCCAAAAUGCUGUUUCGACAUCUGAGGCCCUGAUAUUACUCAGAGAUGUUGUAGAGGUUUGAGACCCUUACAAUGGAUGCUAUUGCUCAAGUGAGACGUUCAACUGUCUGACCCAUGCUUAACUCCAAUAAAACACUAGCAAUGUGUCUGCUA